AACAUUCUUUCUUCAACUUCCCUCAUUUUUUUUUUCUCUUUCUCUGUUAUUCUCUGCUACUAUUAUAUCCCUUCCUUUCAAUUUUCUCCAAUGAAUCUUCUCUCUUCUACUACAACUAAAUCAUUUUCCUUUAGAUUUCUAAUAUGUCUUUUUUUACUACAAUUUUCCUAUGUAUUUUCAUUAGCAUCUUUAAAGAACCACCAAAAUAAACAAAUUCAUAAAAAGCCAAGGCUUUUGGCAAAUUUAACUUCAUGUGCUUUGUUUAAGGGUACUUGGGUUUAUGAUGAAACUUAUCCAUUGUAUCAAUCUUCUUCUUGUCCAAUUAUUGAUUCACAAUUUAAUUGUCAAAUGUAUGGAAGACCUGAUACUGAUUACCUCAAAUAUAGAUGGAAACCAGCAAAUUGUGAAAUUCCAAGGUUCAAUGGGAUAGACUUUUUGAUGAGAAUGAGAAGGAAGACAGUGAUGUAUGUGGGAGAUUCAUUAGGAAGGAACCAAUGGCAGUCAUUGAUUUGUAUGAUAUCAGCAGCAGUCCCACGAGCUCAAACAAAGAUGAUCACUGGUGACCCUAUCUCUACUUUCAAAUUCCUGGACUAUGGAGUAUCUGUAUCAUUUUACAGAACACCUUAUCUGGUGGACAUAGACUUAGUGCAAGGGAAGAGAAUUCUAAGAUUGGAUGAUGUAUCCAAGAAUGCCAAUGCUUGGAAAGGUGUAGAUGUGCUUUCUUUCAAUACUGGCCAUUGGUGGACUCACAAAGGGGCUCUCCAAGGGUGGGACUACAUGGAUUUAGGAGGCAAAUUGUAUCAAGAUAUGGAUAGGCUGGUGGCACUAGAACGAGGCUUAAGGACAUGGGCAAGAUGGAUUGAUGCAAAUAUUGACAAAAGUAGAACAAGACUCUUCUUUCAGGGUGUUUCACCUACACAUUACAACCCAAGCGAUUGGACCACCGACGCGUCGGUGGCGUCCUCCGCGAGAAGCUGUUACGGCGAGACCGUGCCGAUGACCGGCACGACGUAUCCGGGCACGUACCCGGAUCAAAUGAGGGUGAUGCAGGCUGUGAUGAGGGACAUGAACAACCCUCCAUUUCUCUUGGACAUAACAUUUCUAUCAGCUAUGAGAAAAGAUGCACACCCUUCUAUCUAUAGUGGUGCACUCACUUCAGAGCAAAGAGCAAAUCCUGAUCACUCUGCUGAUUGUAGUCAUUGGUGCAUUGCUGGUUUGCCUGAUACUUGGAACCAACUCUUUUACACUGCCCUUUUCUUCUAGCUUCCACUACUAAAAAAUACAUGAGUUAACGACGGACAAAUUCUGCAGUUAAACAACAAAAUCCGUCGGAUUAACGAUGAAGUUAUAGGUAAUUCUAGUCAUUUGUCUUAGUGUUUUAAUAUUUUCCUCUUUAUAUGUUUUGCUGGCAAUUGAUGCAAUUCAUUUUAGGAAACAGUACAAAAUUUUAACUCUACAAAGAUCAAACAUGUACUUGGUAAAGUUUUAAUUCCUGUUGGGGUGUAAAUGCUAAAGAAAACUAUCUUGUUCA